AUGGCGACUAUCGACUUCGACAUCAACGAUGCGCUCAAGCAUUACAUGUCGGAUCCCACGGCUAUUCCCACGCCAGAGGCUGACAGCUCACUUUUUGACUGCGAAAAUGACCCGGAGGCUCUCACAGUCCAGGUCAUCAACCCGGUGCUGAAUCCGAUCGUGGAUGCAAUUGCGGAUAACCCUGACGCGAUUAUGCGGGCAACAACCAUUGAUUCGCUGCAGUUCCUGUUAAAGUCGGUGCCUUUCACUCGCUUCCAGGGCCUCAGGAUUCCACAAAGACUAACUUGUGAGCUUUCUAGAUAUACACAGUACAUCUCCCCACAUGCCCUCAGCAAAAUAUUUGAUGUCGUCAUGAGUGGUCUAAGUGCGGAAGCCGACACGGUGAAUAAUGACGUCGAGUCUGCCGACGAACAAGACUCCAUUGCGCAUCACAAGCAACUACUCGAAAUAUAUGCCUUCUUGCUGCAAUGGACCAUUGCCGGGGUGGAGGCCAAGGCGGCAGAGAAGUCCUCUGCUGCGCCGCUGGCACGAGGCCGCGCAAAGCCCAAAAAGGGCGCGGCCAAAGAGGAGACUUGGGAUUCCGCAACACAGCUGCAGGCAGCCUUGGAUAUAAUGUGCAAGGUCCUGAAGCUAAAGCUCUCCAAAAUCUUUCUCACCACCAGCGAGCGCGACACCUUCAUCAGCCUUCUCACCCGCCCCGUGUAUAUGGUUCUCGAGAGCGAGCAAAGAGUCAAGACGACUUCCAUUCGCAUGCACAGCUUCAAGGUUCUUUGCAUGGCUGUCAAAAACCACGGCCAUGGCUAUGCGGCACAAAUCAAUGUCAUUCAGAAUCUUACUUACUUUGAGCACCUUUCCGAGCCCAUGGCAGAAUUCCUCCACAUUCUGGCUGAUACAUACGACUACCCGCAGCUCGCUGAUGAAGUUUUGAGGGAGCUGAGCAACAAGGAAUUCAAUUCCAACGAUACAAAAGGCCGCAAGUCAGUGUCGACCUUUAUCGCCAAGAUUUCAGAGCUGGCCCCCAGAAUCGUCAUAAAGCAAAUGACUAUGCUUGCGAAGCAACUCGAUAGCGAGUCAUACACGCUUCGCUGCGCCCUGAUUGAGGUGUGUGGCAACAUGAUUGCACAUUUAAGCAUACAGGACGAGCGCGGCGAAAAUCAUAAGACGCAACUCAAUGCAUUCUUCGAUGUGCUGGAAGAGCGAUUCCUCGAUAUUAACCCUUACUGUCGAUGCCGUGCCCUGCAAGUGUACAUGAAGCUCUGUGAGCUUGAACAAAAGUUUCCGAAGAGACGGCAGAAGGCUGCUGAGCUUGCCUGCCGUAGCUUGGAGGACAAGAGCAGUAAUGUGCGCAGAAAUGCCAUCAAAUUGCUAGGCACCUUGAUCAAAACACAUCCUUUUACGGUCAUGCAUGGUGCUCAACUAUCGCGCAAAGAGUGGCAAAGUCGUCAUGACAAAGUCGAAGAGGAACUCAAUGCCCUACAGCCGCCGCCAGGAGUUCCGGGCUUCGGGGGUGGAAAUGUUGAGGGGAGUAUCGACAACGAACUUCUUGAUGAGCAGACUCAACUCGAAUCGCCCAAGAAACCGUCCGAAAUGACGGAUGAGGACAAGGCUGCCGCGAUUAAAAAGGCUCAAGAGCAAGCCGCCUCUGGCGAGGCUAUCGAGAAGUUCACUCUGACCAAAAGAUAUUACAACGAGGCUCUCAAGUUCAUUGAUGUCCUUCAUCAUGCCACUGGUAUCAUCUGCCAGCUUCUUGGCUCGCGCAACAAGAGCGAAGUCAUCGAAGCCAUUGACUAUUUCGAAGUCGGCGAUGCUUACAAUAUCGAGCAAAACAAGCUCGGUAUUCGACGCAUGCUGAGACUCAUCUGGACGAAGGGCAACAGCGACGAAGGCAAGGGUGUUCAGACUCAUUUGAUCGAGUGUUACAGGCGUCUUUUCUUUGAGGCUCCUGACUCGUUCAGCCCAAACGAUGCCGCCAACUACAUUGCCCGCAACAUGAUUAGUCUGACAUUUGGUGCAACAUCUGCCGAGCUAACAUCGCUGGAGCAGCUUCUGGCCACGAUGAUGAAGGGGGGUAUUAUCCCCGACGUUGUUGUUUCUAAGCUUUGGCAAGUCUACGGUGUUCAAAAGCGCGAGAUUUCCAAGACCCAACGUCGCGGCGCUAUCAUUGUCCUGGGAAUGCUGGCAACUGCCAACCCGGAGAUUGUGGUCGGCGAGAUUGAGACUAUGCUCAGAACUGGUCUUGGAUCUCACGGCCGCAAUGACCUUCAAUUAGCCAAGUACACAUGUAUCGCCCUCAGACGAAUCAAUCCUCUCGGCCGCAAUGCGAAGGACUCGAGUGUCAAAUUCUCGCGACUGCCAAAUGACCACGCUGUCUGUGUCCGGUUGGCUGCCAUUACCGAGGUGCAGUCUGAGAGCAAGGAGUGGUAUGGUGUGGCAGAGCAAGCCAUCAACGCUAUCUAUGCCGUCUCCAAGCACCCAGACACGCUCUGCUCUGAAAUUCUGCGCCGCAAGACGAGAUACGUCUUUAGCAACCCCCAGUCUCGCCCUGCCUCGCGCGAUGAGACUCAGGCGAUUGACAUGACGACGAUUGAGAAGGCCCGCAAGCGCGACAAUGCCGUUGCUCUGUCCCAGCUACUUUUCAUUGUGGGACACGUUGCUAUCAAGCAGAUUGUGCACCUUGAACUCUGUGAGCUCGACUUCAAGCGUAGAAAGCAAGAAAAAGAGAAGCAGACACAAGCUGAGAAGGAGAAGGAAAAGGAAGAAGGCGACGAGCUCGAUCUUAUUGGCGGGACUACAGAGGACGACUUCACGGAAGCUAUGACGCACAUUCGAGAGCGCGAGCUCUUGUAUGGACCGAGCUCACUCUUAGCAAACUUUGGACCACUUGUGUCGGAGGUCUGCGCCAACAACACCACCUAUGCCGACAAGGGUCUCCAGGCUGCGGCCACGCUGUGUUUGGCCAAGCUGAUGUGCGUUUCGUCGGAAUACUGCGAAACAAAUCUGCCUCUGUUGAUCACCAUUAUGGAGCGGUCACCAGAUGCCACUGUACGCUCCAAUGCAGUCAUUGCGCUUGGCGACAUGGCCGUGUGCUUCAAUCACCUCAUUGACGAGAACACCGACUUCCUCUACCGUCGGCUUGCGGAUGAUGAUGUGUCGGUCAAGCGAACUUGCCUCAUGACCCUGACGUUUCUCAUCCUGGCUGGUCAGGUCAAGGUCAAGGGCCAACUCGGUGAAAUGGCCAAGUGCCUGGAAGACGAGGACCGGCGAACUGCGGAUCUGGCGAGGAUGUUCUUCACCGAGCUCAGCACCAAGGACAAUGCCGUAUACAACCACUUUGUAGACAUGUUUAGUCUGCUGAGUGCUGGCAGCAUGGACGAAGAGAGCUUUAAGCGAAUCGUCAAGUUUCUCCUUGGAUUUGUUGAAAAGGACAAGCAUGCGAAGCAGUUGGCUGAGAAGCUGGCGGCGCGACUUGCGCGCUGCGAUAACGAGCGGCAGUGGAGCGACGUGGCUUUUGCCUUGGGCCUGCUGCCGCACAAGAAUGAGGACAUUGCGAAGCAGGUCUCAGAAGGCUUUAAGCUGGUGCAGGCUGCUGCUUAA